AUGCCUGUUAAUACUGAUGAUAAGGAUGCACAACGUGCUAUUGAUUAUAUGAGUGGAGCAAGAUAUAAAGGUGAUUAUAAAAAUGGUAAACGAGAUGGAUCUGGUAAACUUAUUUUAAAUAAUGGAUCUUUUUAUGAAGGACAAUUUGUCGAUAAUGAAAAACAUGGUUUUGGUACAUAUAAAUGGUCAAAUGGUUCUAUUUAUGAAGGACAAUUUGAAUAUGAUCAACCACAUGGAAAAGGAAAAUUAACAUCACAUAAUGGAGAUUCUUAUGAUGGAAAUUGGGCUAAUGGUAAACGUCAUGGACGAGGUAAAACAAUAUGGGAAAAUGGAAAUAGUUAUGAAGGUUCUUACAAUCAAAAUGAAAAACAUGGUCAUGGCACACAUAUAUGGCAAGAUAAAGGAUCAAUAUAUACAGGCGAUUGGCAACAUAAUGUCCCUCAUGGUCAAGGACGAUAUCAAUAUAGCAACGGUGAUGUAUAUGAAGGUGAAUUUAAUCAAGGAAAAAGACAUGGAUAUGGGAAACUAACAUAUGCUUGUGGAGAUAUUUAUGAUGGUGAAUAUGUUGAUGAUUUAAAACAUGGUAAUGGAAAAUUUUUAUGGGCUAAUGGUGAUUCAUAUCAUGGACAAUUUGUUAAUGGAACUCCCGAAGGUACUGGAGAAUAUAUAUGGGCAUUAAAAGGUUCAACUGUUACAUCAACAUCUCCUGUUGAAAGAAAAUCAGUGAAAUCUGAAAAGAGAAAUUCAAGAAAGAGUACUUCACGACACACAAAUGAAAAACGACUUACACAAUCUGAAUCAUUACACGGACAUACUCAGAGUAAUAGUGGUAAUUCAGAAGCAUUUUAA